UUUCAAUCCGCGCAUUAAUUCUCUCUUGCCAAACACACACACCGAGAAAAGCAACAACUACUAUCUUCGUACUCAACACAACAACCUCAAUUUUACACCCUUCAAAGAAUUGGAGAAAAACAAAAAUGCCGGCUCAUUCUCUCACCUCAGUAUCUCUCUUCUCUAUCACUUCAUCGUCGGAGCUUCGGAAAUUUAAUGGCGGUUCAUCGUUUCUUCGAUCUGCUAAUUCUUGCUGUUUACUCAGGUCCUUUACCGGCAACCAGCUCGCAAUUGGGCAGCAUAACCCUAAUCGUUUCGCCUUGAAACGACAAUCGACGAUUAUGACAGUUUCUUUUAGCUUACCAAUUAGUAAAAAGGAAGGAGUUUCAGCGGAGAAAAUGCCAAAAUGGUCUGCAAGGGCUAUAAGGUCAUUUGCUAUGGCUGAACUGGAAGCUAGAAAACUUAAAUAUCCAAACACAGGGACCGAGGCCCUUCUGAUGGGAAUCUUGGUUGAAGGAACAAGUCAGGCUGCAAAGGUAUUGAGAGCCAAUGGAAUAACCCUUUUCAAGGUGCGAGAGGAAACAGUCAAUUUGCUUGGAAAGUCUGACAUGUACUUUUUCAGUCCUGAGCAUCCGCCAUUGACUGAGCCAGCCCAGAAGGCCCUUGAUUGGGCUAUUGAUCAGAAACUGAAAUCAGGUGAAGAUGGAGAAGUCACUGUCAAUUAUUUGCUUCUCGGAAUCUGGGAGCAGAAAGAGUCUGCAGGUCAUCAAAUAAUGGCAGGUUUGGGUUUCAACGACGAGAAAGCAAAGGAGCUUGAAAAAUCUAUGGACAAAGACAUUGUUUUGACUCAUAAGUAGGUCUCUGUAAAAAAUUGGGAUUAUGCAUAAUUGUGGCCAUGCAAAGUCUAUUGACAAAGCUUUGGAAGUGAACUCUUGUCCGGGACAAUAUAUGCCACUUAUACAUCUUUCCAACAAAUAUGAUCAAAAUUUUGGGAGCAAACUGAAGUUGCAAUUCAUUUAGCAAUUAGUUGGCCGGAUGCAGAAGAAUCCCCGGGAAGAGACUGUUCAUCAUUUGGUAUUAAAGGUUUAUUGUGCAUUUGACGGUGGAAUUAUUGUAAUUGAAUGAUUUUGUUCAUCCUGAUAAAAAUCUUUUCUUAAAACAGUAUGCCAACAAACUUGAAUAGUAAUGCAUGGAAUGUGAUCCCUCUAUCCCUAUGAAGUUGCA